AUGCAAGGUGAAACAUUUUUAGUGGUGCUCCUCGUAUGCCAUGCUUUUGGAAAGGUACAAAUGCCAACCCAAGGACAACCAACAGGCAGACCUACGCCAUCUACAAUAAAAGCCUUGAGAGAAUCGCAGCUAAGAUCCAGACUACGAGAGUUAGAAAAUCUCUUCUUCAACAAAACUGUCGACCUGAACGACGUCCAGGAAUACGCCUUGGUUGUCUAUCGUAAUUAUACUCAGGAGCUGCAGAAAUCGACUAAACUUUUCCAGCAAGUUUUUGAACCACAUCUUGAAAAGAGGGAUGGAAAGAGAAAUAUUCAAAAGUGUGGAGUACGUCACGAGGAAAGAAAGAUGGGCAGGGGUAUUUUUCCAAGACGUGUCAAGGUAUGUAGUGAAGAUGUAAAUAUCAGGGUUUUGGCCAUCUAAAUUCAAAAACUCAUUAAUAAUUCAUAGUCGUAUCUUUAUAUGUAAUAGAGAUUUCCCUUGAUUUACAUAAACUUUAACUUUGAUUUUCUCACUUACACAACAUAUUUUUUGAAAAUUACUUCGCCAAUGAACUUACUAGAUCGAUCGUUUUUGAAGCAAUUUAAAACAUUCGCAGUGCAUGUUUUAUCAGACCUAAAGAUACUCGGCUUUGCCUCGUAUCUUUAUAUCUGAUAAAACACUGCUGCUCAUGUUUUAAAUAGUACAUGAACUUGUGGUAAGAGCUCGACGACUGACCUCUGUCGCUCAGUUGGUUAGCGCGCUGCACCGGAAUCGUAGGGUCGCAGAUUCGAUUCCUGCCAGAACGAACUGUAGUCACUGUACUAUAUCAUAUUACAAAAAUUAGCAUAAUUUGCUUACUUCCCUCAUUAACUAUUUUCCAUAUAAUUAUAUUACAGAUUGGUGUAUGUGGGACAUCGCCUUGUUCCUCAAGUGACACCACAUGCUCGUGUCAGGCCUCUAAG